GGUCACACACACCUCACUCCUCAUUCCUCGCUCGCCUCUCCGCCCGAAACCCUAGCCGGGCUCCUCGUGCUCUGCACUCCUCAUUCCUCGCUCGCCUCUCCGCCCGAAACCCUAGCCGGGCUCCUCGUGCUCCGCCUUCCUCCCGCCGACGCCGGCCAUGGACGCGGAGCAGCACCUUCCGUACAUCUACACCUGCCUCCCCGACCCGCCAGUCUACCACACCGCCCGCCUCGCCACCCGCCGUGCCGCCCCCAACCACGGCGUCGACCACAUCAGCGGCCUCUCCGACGCGCUCCUCCACGACAUCGUCUCCCGCCUCCCCUUCAAGGAUGCCGCGCGCACCGCCGUGCUCGCCACACGCUGGCGUCGGGUCUGGCUCUCGGCCCCGCUCGUGGUCGUCGACAACCACCUCCUGGACCACUGGCCCCCGGCUCGCGCCGACACGCGGGCCGUCACCGCCGCGGUGUCGAGUGCCCUCGCGGCGCACCCUGGGCCCUUCCGCUGCGUCUACCUCGUCUCCAGCCACAUGGACGGGUACCAGGCCCAGCUCAAGCGCUGGCUCCGUCUCCUCGCGGCCAAGGGCGUCCAGGAGCUGGUCCUCGUUAACCGCCCUUGCCCGCGCGAGGUGCCUCUCCCCAGCACGCUCUUCCGCAUCGCCACCCUCACCCGCCUCUACGUCGGCGUCUGGAAGUUCCCAGACGCGGCCUGCCUCGGCGACGCCUCCUUCCCCAACCUCCGCGAGCUCGGCAUCUUCAGCGUCGCCAUGGAGAACGGGGACAUCGAAGCCGUCGUCGCCAGGAGCCCCAUUCUGGAGAUCCUCAACAUUCAAGGGGGCGUGAAGGGGUUGGGUCUCCACCUCAUCAGCCAGAGCCUCCGGUGCGUGCAGGUCUGCGAUUCCGUGAUAGAGAACAUUGUUGUGGUGGACACCCCGCGUCUCGAGCGGCUCAUCCUGUACAAGGUCCGGGGAUCUCUCAACCCUGCCAGUGUCCUGCGGACCGGGAUCAAAAUUGGCAAUGCCCCCAAGCUGGAUGUGUUCGGGUACCUGGAGCCAAGAAAGUACGUGCUUCAGGCCGGAGACGCCAUCAUCAUGCCUGGGAUGAAGCCAACCGCAAGCACUAUGUUUACAAGCGUGACUAUCCUGAGCCUGAAUGUUCGUUUUGGAGCCCACGAUGAUGCCAAUAUGGUGGCCACCUUCCUGAAAUGCUUUCCCAACGCAUCGAGCCUGCAUAUCAGGUGUGAACAAUGUGAUGAACCCACUGGCAAGUUCGAACCUAAGUUCUGGGAGGAGGUUGGUCCCAUCGUGAGUGUCAUGUUGCGCAUAGGGGUGAUGACUAUCCGUGAAUUCAGAGGGGGGGAUGGCGAGAUGGCUUUUCUAAAGUACUUCUUCACGAACGCGAUGACGCUGAAGUAUGCGGCGAUCAUCUUCCCCAAUCCAAGCGUCUCUUCAAUUUCAAAGAACUAUGCAUGCUCCAAAAUAAGCUAUCUGACUUCUCUGAAGUGGGCCACUAAAGGCUGCGUAUUCAUGGUGUAUGGGAGUUCAGAUCCUGAAGGAGGCAGACCAUGGUGCUUCAAGACCGGGGCAGAGUUUUCGCGUGAUCCUUUCUCGUGGUAAAGUCAAAAAGCUCCAACAUAUCUGAUCGUCCAAAGCUUAAUGUAUAUGUGGGAGUGCGCGCUUGGUGUUAAUCGUUUGCAACAUGGUACAAGGUAUCGUUUUGGUUCGUAUUCAUCAUCAGCGAAGUGUUGAGGUUAGUAUAGUUAGUAGUGGUGCUGGUGUGCUACUGUUGAUGAGGAAUCAGACAAUCAGUACUCUCCCAAUGCAUGUGUUUUGUUCAAGUAGAUGAAUGCUGCUUUACCAUCUGAUGGGUUUAUCUUGGUGGUGAUGGUUGCCUGAUAAGGCAUGUAAGUGAUGAAUGGUGCAAACUAACCUCAUUGCCUGAUGUGCUGGAUGUUGAACUCUUAGAUCUGGCUGCUGGCGAGUUCUGGUCUUUCAUAUCAGAAAUCUAUAUGGAUUGGCGUAGUUGUCCUUGGAUAUCUAGAUCAGAUUGGUUCCGAUCGCGUGCUAUCGUAUUUUCAGCCAACAUGGCCUUAAGAGGACUCGACGCAAAGUUUUGCUUUUUUUAUUGGUGUCAUAAGACAUGUCUACGUCAAGUUUCUCAUGGCAUUGAUAGUGGCGGGGAAAGUCACUGGCUACGAUUAGAGGUCUUGAAGCUUGAGUGAAAAGGAAUAUUGAAUGUGAUGAAGAUUGUGUGCCAGAUGUAUGGUGCUCGGUUUUCAGCGACCUUUGGCAAGCGGAGGCGACAACACUGAAGGACUGCAUUUUUGGUGGUGCUCCUCGAGUACUCGAUUCUCAGGGUGAAAAUCUAAGCUCUGGCCUUUAUUGGUUGUACCUGACAAUGACCUUGUUGAAGGCAUUAUUUUGGAUGAAUUAGGAGUUUCUGCGGGGUGAAAACCGAAGAUCUUCAAUCGAGCAACGACAGUGCUUGUGCAUUGUUUUCUUAUUGAAGAUGUUGCUUUUGAAGAAACUUUUUUGUAUUUAGGGUGUUGUCUUUGAUGAUGGUUAGAAUGUUGUUGCUACUAGUUAUUGUUCACCGUGACGGGGUUGUUUUUCUUUCUUUUCUUCUUUUUAUUUUUCUUUUUGAUUGUGUGUAUUCUUAAUGCUUUUAAACAUUUUGUUGAUAUAGAGAUCGGAUGUAAUUGAUA